GUUAGGCAGUAAGCAAUAAAGUUAAGCACGUAGGUUUCGCACGUUGGUGGUUAAAUGCUAAACCGGUGAGGAAUUUUGAAAUGUUUCAUGAUGGGAAGUGAAUUGAUUGGUUUUGUAGAAGUUAUAAACAGCUGCAUAUCUGGAAAUCACUUGAAUAAGUACAUUGAGGCUAAAAGUAACAUCAGUAAUAUUAUAAGCUAUUUUGAAGACAAGCGGAAGCGGACGGAUUUGGAUGGAGCAUUUACAGUUUUAUUUGAUAAGAAGACUGGGAUUUUACAGUUCAUUCAGAAAGCACUGAAACAAGAUGCCUUCACUGAGGCUAUCAAGGAAUCAUUUACAUUGCUGAAACAGUUAAUUGAUGUCUUCAAAGAAAGAAUGUCAUGCCAUGUUGUCCAAAUUAAGGAUCUAUGCAAGACUUGCAUAUUGCUGGAGAAAAAGGCAGAAGAGAAAGAUAAAGCAUUUGAUGUGAUCCAGUCUGUCCUGGAGAAUGGACCUUGGAAUGACAAUCUGAAUGUAGAUGAACUCUUUGACAAACUUAUUAAUCCAUUCAAGAGUAACAAAAGCAACACAAUGCCAGCAAAAGUGGUACAGAAGCAUCUCCAUAUACUGGGUAUAAUUGUACAUAAAUAUCCAGAAUGCUUAAGGCCAGAGGAGACACGUCUUCUACUCAGAAUAUAUCUGAGUGAACUGGAAAUGCAGACGUCUCAUGCAACUGCUGUCAAAUAUCAAAUAAUUGCUGGAUGUCUAAAUGGACUUACAGAGUUCUUGUAUGUGUUCCCAUUAAAACCUCAGGAAAAAGAGGCCCGGAGGAUCUAUGAUUGUGUGACAGCAGUGGCUCGGAAGCAUAAGGAAAUGAGAGUUGCACCAAGAUGUGCCUUGGGAUUGAUUCAAGCACAUGGAGGGCAGCUGGCCAAAUUUUUAUAUGAUGAGUACAAAUUUUGGCAUGAAUUUCUUUUGAAAUGGAUUAACUCAGCUGGAGAAGAUCACAAAGCUGGUGUUUCAGCCCUUGAUGUGUUCUAUAAUCAAGUAGCCUCUAUUCUUAAGGACAACACGUCAGAAACAGGACACCAUGUAUUUUUGUACUUCAUUAAUUUCUUCAAAAACAAGAUGUUAAGCAGUAGUACCUCUUCUUAUGAUAUGAAGCUUGUUAUAAAAGCGUUCGGCUUAUUUGCUGCUCCCUGUCGUGUUUAUAUGACACCACAGGAUGUAUUAUACAUGUUCACUGUCGUGAUGCAGCGUGCAGAACAAAUAUAUUUCAAAGAAGGUGAUAUAAGUAAUGCAGAUCUUCAAAACCUCCCUGAUUACAUCGAAUCAUUGUCUAGUAUAAUGAGACAGUUGAGUGCUGUGACAAAUGAACAGUUGGUAGCUUUGCAGUGCCUCACUGUGCAACUGAUAGAGAACUUUCCCAAGUUGCCCAAACCUUUCCACUGGCUUGCCAUUCGUGCCAUUACUGUGACUCUGUCCAGUCUUGCAGAAAGUGGUGGCACAUUUCUUGAAGAGUUUCUGUCAAAUGUGGUGUAUCAAGGAAUAAUCCGUUCCUGUAAGCACCAAAUUGCUAUAGAUGUGGAACUUCAAAAGGGUCAGUUUCAUGAAAAUGUCUUCACAUAUAAAGACUAUAUACCUCUAUGGAAGGAAUUACUGAGUGUUAACAACUUUCAGAAGAGAAGUACUUCACUGACACAGACACAACUGAUAGUUGUCAAAGUGUAUGAUAAACUUGUCAACACUGUUCUUGUAUUGAUGAAGAAGCUGGACUUAAGUACUCGGAAAAAAACAAAUAUAGAAGCUUUAAGUACAUCAGGUGGGGCUAGUGAAGCAGACAUUCCAGUUCUUGAUCCUGAAUCUGGACUUGAAGCUAACAACCGCAAAGAUUUUCAAGUCUUUAUCAACUUGGUGGAUCUGACGAGAGAUGUGCUUAUGAGUGUUGAUUGUAGCCAGUUUGAAAAAUGGAUUCAGCCAUUCUUUUACAAAGUUAUUUCUGAAUCGUCUAAUAAACCUCUAGUCAGUGGCUUUUAUAAGUUGCUAACUGUUGCUCUUCAGCUUUGUGAUCGGCUGCAUUAUUUCAGUGACUAUGGAGAUAUGCUGAACCAGCCUACUGAACAAAAGGCCUCCUACUCACUUUUGUGCAGGUUCCUUCAGGAACUUUUGAUUCGGCUGCAACAGUACAAGAAUGAUUUGCAAGUGGCAUGCCUGGAGACUGUGAUAGCAGCUCCAGUAGCUUUGGUUGUACCUCUGUUACCACAUGCAGUACCAGCUUUUGAGGUAAUAUUCCGCGUGGGUCGAAGUAUGUUACCCCUAGCUCGUCUUGGUCUUUCUGCUUUAGAUAAAUGGUACUGCACAUUACCAUCACAUUUGGUGACUCCACUUCUUAUGCAGGUCUUGCCCUAUCUUGAUCCAUUCUUGCGGAGCCAAGGUGUGGCCAGUGGUCAGGAUGUGAUUAUUGAAAAGGAAUUAAUGGUUCUUGGAAGAAGAAAUCGAACAAACUAUAGUCAGAAUAAGAAAGUGGCCAGGAAAAAAAUUAUUGAGCAUCCAGAAUCAGAGCUUUCUCAGCUUCAGCAUGAGAUAAUCAGUUUCCUUGGCCAGCUGGACAGCACCACAUGCUUGGCACUUCUGAAGGAUCCGCAGCAGGAAGAGGAUGUUAUCCCAUGGGCUACAUGUCUGCAACAGCCACUUGUAUUUCCUUUGCCUUUCAAGGACAUGAAGCUAAAUAUUAACUUAGAAAAGUUGAUUCCUCGAGUGGUGGAACUGGCAAUGACAUCAAGUGAUCGCUAUACUCGUUUCACAGCUUGUGAACUAUUGCAUGGUAUUGUCAUGCUUAUUUUGGGUUCAGGCCAGGAAGCCCAAACUUCACAUCCAGAUAAGUAUUCUGAACUAUUUAGGAAGCUGUCAUUACCAUUGCUGAAGUUGGGAUGUGAUCCAGACCCAGCCAUCCAUAGGUUGUACAACCUGUUAGUUCUGCAACUUGUGCACUGGUAUUCCAGCAAGUUCAAACUUAAGAGCAAGGAAGUAGAAAUUUUAAUCCAAACACUUAUGGAUGGAAUAACCCACCCCACUGACACAGCAUUGAGGGAUUUUUCAGCAAGAUGUCUUCAUGAAUUUGUAGUGUGGUCUGUCAAGCAGGGUUCACAUGUAAAUAUUAAAUAUGUAAUGAAGCAAAUCUACUCUUUCUGUCUGCAUCCAUGUCCUUCAAAGCGCUUAGGUGCAGCCUUGGUUUUGAAUAGUGUUUACACAGUGUUACGGGAGGAGGAAUCAGUUGUAAAUCAGUUCUGGCUAGAGCUGCUGUACCAUAUGGUCAUGAACCUGUCACUUUCAGAAGAAACAGACUCAAUACUUGGGGGUCAGGAACAAGUAGUUACAGCUGUAAAUCACAUUGAAAGAGUACUGAAAGAAAAGGCAUCUCUCUUCAAUAAAGAAGACAACAUUCGUAGAAAGCCACCGGAGUUUGAAGGAAUUCUGUUGAAAGAUGCUGUGUCAUGGUUGCUGUUGAAGUGUGGUACAGUUCAAGUGGAAUGCAGACACAAGUGCAUGGAACUGGUGUAUGUAUUGGCACCAUUGCUGCCAGUUUGUAAAUCUGGAAGUGAAUUUGUGAGUUGGUAUGCUGCCACUCACUCUUGGACAUCCAUAAUCCGAAUAUGUGAAGGCAGUAAAGAAAGUGGAGGGAUAACAGUCACUCCUACUCUGAAACAUUUAAGAAACGAAGUGGCUCUUGUCUAUGUGGUACGCUGGCUACGUAUGGUUCUCACCAGCUUUGACUGUUAUGUGUGGCUGUUUGGUGAGGAACUAGUGAAACCUUCUGUGCUGUGGGGGACUGAAGGCCUGGACAAUACAAGUGAAACAAGGAUAUUUGAAGCUGCAGUAUAUUUCAUACAGCACGUGUGUCACCGUGAUGCAAGUUCUGUAACUUGCUUGUUGAGCACUGACACUAAAGAUGUCCUUGAAAUUACUCCUUGGGAAGCAGAGAGUUUUGACAGAACUAAGUGCUUCGUCACUAUCCGCCUGCUGGACAUGAUAUCUACUGUUCUGAAAAGUGGUGAAGCAGGUUGUUUACCCCACUCUCUGCUGAAUCUGCAGUUGUGGCAGCUGAUUGUAGCAUGUGUGCUGCAUCCAGGCAGUCUUGGCUUUGAUUUAUAUAACACCGAGGUUACGGAUGGUCUUCCAAAGAAUUUAAUACAGCUAUUAGGAGUAUUACAAGAAACACUGCCAUCUUCGCAAUUGGAAGAAUUGAAUUCAGAACUUGGGAAAGCUGUAAGCAGUAUGCAAACUGAUGUGCUAAGUAAUCUACAAGACUCGUUGAGAAAUGAUAAGGUUACGCUUGAACAGAGGCAGCUUCUCAAGGGAUUAGAGAUUCUUCAUAAAUGUGGCAUGCUCAGUCAUAUUGUAAAGGAACUGCCAAACCAGUAUGGACUUGAUGGCAAUCAGAUUGUAAAGCACUUGUUUUCUGCAUUGGUUGAAGGCCAAGGUGACAUGAAGCGGACUGUUGUGCUGCAGCCAGCAGCCUUCUCUUAUGCAGAAUCUCUUCUCAAGUUUGCAUUUUUACUUAAUAAAGAGGUAACUACUGUAAUAUGCUGUAUAAAGGAGCAGGCCAGCAUCCAGAACCCUGCUACUCAUUCAUCUGUACUACAUGGUGACUAUUUCUUUGUCACAUUUCGCUCUGCCAUUCUGGAACACAUGUUGGCAUGUUUUGAACAUUCUGUUAGUUGCCUUAUAAAAGACAUCAGUGCAAAUAAUGUGCAAUGGGUAAUAAGCACUGUGACAGAAAUAUUACAAUACUAUGCCAAAAUCAGAAAGAGUAAACAUCAAGACAGCACUACAUUAUGUGCAUUUGAGAGGAGCAUAGUGAACCACUGGAACAAACUAAGCAGUUUUGUUGAAGGUAAUUCAGAACAAGUAUAUCAGCUUCUGGGUCUUGUGGUUAAUUUGGCAAGAAUUAUGCCACAACCAGACAGAGGACUUGCUAGGUGUGAGGCCCUUCAGAAGUGGGUUAUAACACAACUCACUUCACGGGAUUUACAGCUUCACUACAAGAGCAGAGCUCUGGAUCUUUUGGUAUGUCUUGCAGGCCCACAGGAGGAUACCAAUCAAGAGCUAAGGUCUGCUUUGCAAACAUUGAGAGAACAGCAUUUUCCUCAGCUGUCAACUGAGCUCCACUCAGGGAGUGUAGGUUAUUCUGGUUUUGUGAAUGCAUUCCGUAAGAUCUUACGAGGACUGGAAGAGUCGGGAAGUUGUGUGAUAUUGCUUAGUGUGGUAGCCAUGGCAGCCAGUGAGUCACAACAUGUGCUUGAAGACCAAAUACAGAAGAGUUUACAGAUAUUCAUAAAAAGGUUGGAAGACAAACAACAGGUGAAGGCAAUUGAAGCUGUUUUUAAAGUAUUUGUUGAUGAUCAGUAUGAUCCAAGUGUUCGUUUGGGCUGUGCCCAAAGAUUUGUUCGACCUCUCUUACAAGGCUGCAGAAGAAGUGCUGCUCGUGAAUUCUACAGGCAUUGCAUACAAGACCUGCAGGGUAUGCUUAAUGUUACGUUGGACUGCCGUGGUCAGUUACAAACAGAGCAUCAACUGGUUGGAAGAAUAGGUGCCUGGAAUAUACUUGAACCAUUAUUUGUGCAUUUGGAAAGCAGUGAGCUAGAGAGUAAGGAAUGUGUCAUUACAGCAGCAGCUUUCCCUGGUGCUGUCAAAACUGGCAAGGAGCUUAUAUCGGACCUCACAUCCAGAGCUUACAAAUACCGCAGUGAAACUCUGCAUGAUAAUCUGACAGGAAACGUACAGUUGGUUGAGUUAUUCCGACAGUCUCAGUGUGCUGCAUUUAAUACUCUGGUUGCCAUAAUCAGCAAUGUCAAGUGUGAACUCAGGUUUUUCACUGGACUUCUGUUCAGUGAGAACAAGGCGAAGGAGGUGCCAUGGGGAAAACUGGUGAACUGCAACAAGGAGUAUGCCUUGGCGCUAGACUGGGAAGAGAUUCCAGCACGCAGGAAACAGCUAGUGAGCAUUCGUUGCCAGGCCCGUGCUCAGAGAAGGGAAACUCUUGGUUUUGCAUCACAGUCAGUCCGUUAUAUCCCAAGUGCAUCACAGUACCUAUUCGACAGUACACUUAAUGAAGAUGUCACACUGUUUGACUUCAGUACGUCUGUGGUUAGCACAGAAGCUAGGCCAGGACAUGAUGAAAAGACACCAAAAGAGUCGGGUGCAGAGAGCACUGAGGUGAUCUUGGAGUCAGAUGAUCUCAACAUGCAUGAAUGCAUGGCUACUCUGUGUGGUGUGAUUGAGCACAUGGUGGAUCAGGGAAUCUCUCCAACACCUGAUGCAGAAACAAAAGAUGCAGCACUUCCUCCUUGGAUGGAAAGUAUGCGGAAAUGCCUCAGUGAUUACAGCCAACCUCGCAAUAUCAGACUUUUUCUACUGAAAAUUAUUCUAAAUGUGGAAUCUAAAUUCCAUCCAUACGCACAUCAUUGGAUGAACUCUAUUUUGAAGGCAAUAACUGAUGGAGUUGUAGGCAGGGCUCCCAAUUACUUGCUGUCAGAUACUGUGGCAAUGUUGGCAGAUUGGUGUAGAAAAACAACAUCCUUACCUGCAAAAAGUGAUCAUCAUCUAGUAAGCCAAUUACUGUAUUUGCUGAUAAGUAAGGUGCAUCAUGAUCGCAGGGAUGUGUUCAAACACAAUUUGGAGCUUAUCCGCACUGUAGUUGAAUUGUGGAAACCAAAUUUUGAUAUACCUGUUCAGCUGCUUUAUGACAUGAUUAUGAAACAUGACAGGAAAGAUCCUACAGUUUCUGAACCAGGGAUUCAAGUAGCAGCCAUUAUUUUGGCCAAUCGAUUGGAGCCUUGGAGCAGCACAGGAAAACUGCAAUUCCUACGUGCAUUGUUAAGAAAUAUAGACACUGAGAAGCGAAGCAUCUUUCAGUCAAGUGCUGAAGUGGCAGGCAUGGCACUUGAACUACUGGCUGCUAAUGGAAGUGGAAUGCUGGAGGGUGAUGAUGCAGAGUUCCUCUCUGGGAUUGUUGACAAGUUAAAUUUAACCAAAGAUCAGUCAAAGGACAAGUUCCUAACUUGCUUAUUUGCCGUCCAAGAAUACUAUCCACGCAUAGUGGAUGCAUUUAUGAAUCAUGUACUGUUUCAUUUACCGAAGACGUACGGCAUAUUUAGAACAAUGUGUCUGAAGAUAGUGUACUCAAGAUUAGAAAUUCUUGGUGAUGAUACGUAUGCAGAAAUGAAGAGUAAAAAUUUAUUUAAGACAUUAAGUGACCGCGAUCCUGAUCAACAGAACCUUGCUCUCAGUAUAGUUCAUAAAAUGGUACCUCAUUUGAAACCUGAGCAGUUGGAGGAACUUGUACAUGAGAUUUGUAAGUUUGAAACACAGCGGAGUGUAAAGUGUCGAUCAGUGAUGUAUGAAAUUCUGAAGUGGAUUUAUGAUCACUGUCAGGAUAUUGGAGGGGUACUUAUAGAAGAAGCAAAGGGAAUACUGCUUAAGGGAUUGAGAGAUGAUGAUCCACAUCUUCAGGACAGCAUUUUUGAGUAUUGGAACAGUGAUGCACAGCAGCGAGAUGCAUCUACAUCUGAUCGGCUGCUUUUCAUUUUAACUGAUCUCUACUGUCCAGCUACAGAGCAUAUUUUCCUUGGCUAUUCAACACAGUAUCUAUUAGAAGCUACAGCUGGGACCCCUGACUACAAUCAGAAAAUAUUCAAAGAGCCAUUGCAAAAAUGUCAGUUUGAAGACUUCAGAAUGCUUUUAUCAUGGCGUGCCCAGAAUGCCACAGUUGCACCAAUGUUUGCAGAUACCCUGGCAAGUCAGCUUAUUCAGACCCAAUCCCUGAGUGGCACUGGAGAGCAUACUGGUGCAGGACCCCUCUUAAGAGCAACACAAGCAAGUUUAGCUUUCCAGCCUACUAUAGAGCAAAGUGGAAGCAGUAUUGGUAGCUUGCCAUCAUUUAGCUUGAGUUCUAGCUUGCUCUUCACCACUGGCAGUUCUUUUGAAAACCAAAGAAAAUCGUACAAGAUGGGACCAGGUUUUGGCAGUAGCAAGUUACAACCCAUACCAGAGGUGUCUGAUGAAGUGGAUAGUCGCUCUGAUCGUUUGGCUCCAAAUUUGCAUCGAAGGUUUCUGCGUCGUGAUGAUCAAAAGCGGAUCUUUCAUGCUAGUCGGGAAAUUCAACGCUCAGCUAGGCAACAAGAGCUAGAACAAGAAAGAGGUCGCCGCCUUGAAGCAAAUAUAGCAUCUUUCCGUGAAUAUCGCUCUGGGGAUUUCCCAGACAUUGAAAUAUCCUAUUCAGCUAUUAUCAAACCAAUGCAAGAACUUGCCAAGCGGGAUGCAGCAGUUGCUCGCCACUUAUUUGUGUUGCUGUUUGAUGGCUUGUUGGGAGAGCUAUAUGAUGAGAAGGAGGUCUAUACACAGAAAGUUCAGAAAGCAAUGGGAAGCAUUGUGAGCACUACCAAGGACUAUACAACUAUGGUUAUGGGCGCUGUGAUGGAAAUUGCUCUGUGUCAUAGCAGAUAUAUUACACUGCAGGCAGAGGACAUUACGACAGUAUCACGGUUUAGUGGAUUACUGGCUUUGGGCUGCCUGUCAUUAGAGGAGAUAUUAAUACAGAAGGAUACUGUUAGUGAAGCUGGGUCUUCCAAGCGCUCCAAGACAUUUGAACCAUCCACUGAAGAAAUUCUUUGGCUUUCACUGGCUGACCUGUAUAAACAUAUGGAUGAAUGGGAUGUGGUUCGAGGAAUAUUUCACAAGUAUCUCAACUGUGGAGAGAAUGUCCAUAAGGCCCUAAAGUGGGAAACAUCAGGCCAUUGGGAUAAAGCCAGAAUGGAAUAUGAGGCUGCACUCUCUUCUAUGGAUGAUCAAGACGGUUUGAGUGACUACUAUUAUGAAGCACUGUAUAAGUGCCUGGCCCACCUGUCAGAUUGGAAAGGAUUGAACAAUCAAGUGAGAAGGCAGGUUGAGAACAACUUGGAUCAGUUGUGGACAGAUGAAUGGUUACAGGAAAAGCUGCUUCCUCAGAUACUUUUGUCUGAAAUUCAAAUGAUGUUGGACAAAGGCGUUGACAGCAAAAGGGAACAGUUCCUUCAGCAAGUUGACAGAUGGUUGAGAGACAGAGAUAAGAGUGAUUACCUUUCAAGUCACUACUGUGAGGAACUGGCUGCAAUAUUUCUUAUACAGGAUAAAUUAGAUCAAGCCCAGCACCAAGUAGAACAUAGUUUGACAAUGUUUCUUGAUAGUUGGGCAGCACUGAACCCUUCUUCACAUAACUUGCGCACUAAGCAACUUCUGGACCUCCAAAAGACUGCAGAGUUAAAGGCCUGCCUGGCAUUUGCCACAAAUGGUGAACACUCAAAGCAAGAAUUAUUAGCAAAAGAGCUUGUAAAAAGGUGGAACAAGAAUGUUCCCAGUGCCUUUGACUCUUUGCUUCGUUGGGACAUUAGAGCGAUGUACAGGAAGAAAUUCACUAAUCGGAUUGACCAGAUGCUGGAGAAUACAGGUGCAUCAAAUGCUCUGAGCCGUACGGAGCUAGCCAUGGUAGAUUCAGCACUCUACCAGGAAAACUUCUACAUUGCAAGGAAGUAUUUGCGUGAAGCACGAGAGAAGAUGUCCAAUAGUGGUACUGACAUGGAACUCCAGUGCAGUUUAGCAUACAGCAAGGCGAAGUGGCUUCAAGCACAGCUUAAGAACACAACUGAUGAGAAGCUGAAGUUAGGAUUAGACUCUUGGAGUGUGAUAGAAGAUCAAAGAUUUGAACAGUAUCCUAUGCUGCAUGCAGAAACCCUGCAGCAUGUCUCUGUAAUGGCAGCAGGAAUAUUGCAACAACUUGAACAGCAGCCAGGUGUGUUGACAAAGCUUCCAGCAGCUGAGGUAAAGAAAUUGGCUGACAGAAUUGGAGCACCAGAUUGCAGCCAAGAUACACUCAUGCAGAACUUGAAGCAGUAUGGUCUUAGCAGUCUGAAGACAGCAGCAGAGGUGGUUACUCCUAGAGGCAACUCAGAGCAAGCUGUUGCCAAGGCGUACCUUCAGGUUGCAAAGUAUUGUCGGGCUCACUCUAACACUUCACGAGAAGAUAACUUUGGCACUGACAUAGUGACCUCCAUCUUGAGAGCAAUGAGGUAUGGGUCUAAAGAUGCACGCCAGCUGUUCCCAUGCCUUUUACAGUUACCUGGACUUGACACUUCUUUGUCUGAACUAUUCCAUAAAGAGAGCAGUGCUGUUCCUGUAUGGAUGUUCCUGGGCUGGGUGAACCAGUUGCUAGCUUGUCUUGGCACUCCUGUAGGCCCAGUGCUGCAUGACAUCAUUCUCCGUCUAGCUGAGACAUAUCCCCAGUCCCUCAUCUAUGCUUUUCAGCUGAGCCGAGAGAAGUACAACUUAGAGAGUGGUCAUGUAAGCUUGAAGGCCCUUGUUGAUCAGUUAGCUAGUUUACUGUUCACUGAUCCAGUGAUUGACAUCUUCCUAAGAGCAUUUUCGUGCCUUGGUCAGCCACGUAAAAUGCUCUACCAUUUUGUGGAGAAGCUUGAACAGCUCUUAAAUGCUAAAAGGCCAAAUUGUGACAGUCUGCAUCACAUGUAUGAUACAAUGAUGAAGGAACUGUUUCCAAGUUCUUAUGGGAAAAUACAUGGUGCUUUAUUUAAAGAUAUACAGGAAUACAGAAAACGGCUGGAAAAAGCAGAGUCAAAUAUCAAAUGUGGAAAUAAGAAAGUUCUUAAAGACAUAUGCUUUAUCAAGGAAAAACUGAAAUAUAUUAUCCAAGAUAUUAAGCCUCCCGUGCAGUUGAAGGACUACAGUCCCUGGCUCAGUGAAUUCCAGGGAGGCAAACACUGUUUCUUGGAACUGGAGAUACCUGGCCAGUACACUGGAGAAAGCAAACCACUUAUCCAGCACCACGUUAAGAUUGCUGGCUUUAAACAGACAGUUGUGCCUAUGAAAACAUUAAGGUUGCCACUGCAAGUUACAAUUUUUGGUAGUGAUGCCAAGGAGCAUCAGUAUUUGGUCAAAUUUGGGGAGGAUCUUCGUCAAGACCAGAGAAUUGAGCAGCUGUUCAACCUAAUGAAUAAAAUACUAGACCAAGAUCCUACUUGCAGACAUAGGAACUUGUCAAUAACAACUUACCAGGUUGUUCCUCUUAGCAGUCACCUUGGGAUUAUACAAUGGGUGGAUGGCACAGAAGCUCUGAAAGGUCUUAUGUUGGGUGUCCUCGACAAAAAUGAGAAGGAAUCUUAUAAGAAGUCCUGUGAAGAGCAUUGCAAAUGGAUAUCUAAGCCAUGUAAUCCGCAGUGCAGCUUUUAUGAAAAGUAUGGUGAGGCACACAUGAAGUACUCUCCAGAGGAAACCAGUGCUGAAUUCAGAAAGAAAGUGAAUAUGAUACCUUGGGACAUCAUGAGGCGUGCACUUCAGCGUUUGAGUGUAUCUCCAGAGUCAUACUUCAUACUUCGUCAGAGUUUUGCGUGUAGCUAUGCAGUAUUGUGCAUAGCACACUGGCUACUGGGGAUUGGUGAUCGCCAUUUGAGCAACAUUUUGGUGUCAGUGAAAGAUGGACGGUGUGUGGGUAUUGAUUUUGGUUCUGCAUUUGGGACAGCAACACAGUUCCUACCUGUACCUGAAUUAAUGCCCUUCAGACUUACACCCCAUAUUGUCAGCUUAUUGCAGCCACUGGAAGAAACAGGAUUGUUUCGUGAAACUAUGAUUCAUUGUUUGCGUACCCUACGCAACAACUAUGAUAUGCUGCUGGCUACAAUGGAGGUGUUUGUACAAGAGCCAUCAAUUGACUGGCUGGAAUUUGCCUCUAGACAUGAAAGUCUAAACAAGAAGUCACAUGAAGAGUCGCAAACCUGGUACCCUCAGCAAAAACUAGACUUGGCUAAACUGAAGCUGGAGGGUGCAAACCCAGUGACUAUUACUACUGAAGAGUUAAAAGCAGGCUUCAAGGACUCCAAAUACCUUGCAAAGUUCCUGGAAUGUGUGAAAGGCCACAACAGUGUGAGAUCCCAAAUGCCAUCGUAUCAGCUAUUGCCAGAGGAGCAGGUUGACAGUCUCUUGGAUCAAGCUACAGAUUACAACAUCCUGGGUAAAACCUGGCAAGGAUGGGAACCUUGGAUGUGAGUUUGGUCUUCAUUGAAAUUACUGUUGAUUUGAUGGAACAUGUGAGAUGUGUCAAAAUAACAAUCCCAUUAAAAAUGGCGCAGUUGUUGUGCAACUUUGUUACCACUGUUUACUGUUGAUUUACAUACAUAUACUAGUAGAACACUGUAAUGAUAGUAUUAUUUUGGCAUUUAUGAACCAUGAGUUACUUGUAAAUUUUGUAAUGUUUAGAACUACUGCAUUUUAAUUCCUACCAAAACAGAUGAAAACAGAAAAGAGCAUUUAAUACAGUAAUUAUGUAGAGCAGUGAUUCUGAGCCUUUUGCAUCUUUUGUCCCACCAGUCAUUUGGCCAAAGACCACAGUCUUAAAAUGCCCAGUCUCAUAGUAAAAACAAAGCUUCUCCUUUUCCUACAACUGUAUACAUUUUAGCACUGUAUUAAUCCUUAACAGAAAUUCUAAUUUUCAUGUCCCACCAGUUGAGAAACACUGAUCUUGGGGCACAACAUAAUGGCUAUUUAUUUGUGUAACACUAAUGUUGUGCUCUUUUUCCAUUUAAUUAUUUGACACAUAUUUACCAUUGUUAACAGUCAUUAAAUUUGUAUGUGUAUAAUAUAAUUUGCAACUGCUAAAUGUUUUAUGUAAUCUGUAAAUUAAAUUUCUAGAUACCUAUACCCAAUCUGAAUCAUUCCUAUGUAAUUUGGUCUUAAAAAUGUUUUGAUAAGCAACCCCUCAGAUAUAUGUGAAUGCUAAUUAUCUUGAUAUGUAUGCUGUGAUGAUUCAGGAUUAUCUCUAUAAGACUGAACUAAUGUUACCGUUUGAUUUGAAGUAUGAGUUAACUUGUGUUAAAGACACAUGUAUGGAAAUGUUUUGUACCAAUAAAUUCUUCUGGCAUCAUUUUCA